AAUUUCUAACACAGACUACACACUUAUUGCAGCAGCAAUUCUACAACUACGAAGUUACGUUUACCCAUAUCAGUUCUACAAAAUGACCAAAACACCCUCCUAUCUAAUAUGCAAAUCCACUCAUUCCCUACCAAACUUAAGCCCAUUUCCGUCCAUCUAAAAGUUCACCUCACACUCCCCAAUUCCUCUCUCACUCAUUUCCACUCACUGUCCAAAACCAAACCAAAAAAACAAAGAGAGAGUUUCGAAUUUUAGAGAGAGAGAAAGAGAGAGUGAGAGAAAGAGAGAACGUUUGGUUUAGAGAGAGAGAAUGGACGGUAGUCCUUAUAGAGCAGAGGCGGAGCGGUGGCUAAGCAUAGCAGAGAGGCUCUUAACGGCGCGUGAUCUACACGCGGCUAAAAGCUUUGCGAUCAGAGCGCGUGACACUGAGCCCAGGUUCAGGAUCGAGUUGGCUGAGCAAAUUAUUGCCGUGGCCGACACGGUCUUAGCCGGCGAGUCACGGAUCGCUAAUGGUCUGUACGAUUGCUACGGGAUACUUCAACUCGCUCGCUUGACUCAGAACCUCGAGCUCAUCGCCGCUCGGUAUCGGCAGCUCGCUUUGCUGCUCAACCCUGACCGGAACCGCCUUGCCUUCGCCGAUCAUGCUUUUAGGCUCGUCUCCGAGGCUUGGUCUGUGCUUUCGAACUCGUCGAAGAAAGCUGAGUACGAUCACGCGCUCAUUAUCAUCUCUCACUCCGCCGCGUCGGCCUCCGGCUCGACUCAGCAACUCCAUUUCCACCCUCAGCCGCAACAACCGCCGCCUCCGCCGCCGCUUCAGCCGCAAGCGGUGAGGAGAAGCCCUAGAACGAAAGACGGAAGGUUGAUAGUUGACGAAGAAAGACCGAUUUUCCACAAUGUCCCCGAGUCAACUCGGCAUAGUGAACCGACUCGGGCGCAACCUCCUCCGCCUCAGCCGCCACGUCAGCCUUCUCCUUCCCCACCUCCGCCUCCGCCUCAGCCUCAGGCUCCGGCUCGGGCCGAGUCGGAAACGGAAUCGGAAUCGGGGAGUUUCUGGACGGCGUGUCCGUACUGUUACUUGCUCUUCGAGUACCCUAGGGUUUACGAAGAGUGUAGCCUUCGGUGCCAGAACUGUAAGAGAGCUUUCCAAGCGGUGGUGAUACCGUCACCGCCUGUGACGAGUGACAUUGAUAAAGACAAAGAGAAUUACUACUACUGUUGGGGUUUUUUCCCAUUGGGUUUCUCUGAUAAAGGCACAGGCGGGUCAGGUAAGUGGUCACCGAUUACUCCUAUGUUCACUUGUUCUUUAGAAGAAGCAACUGGUAUUAAGACCCCAGCGAAACGGAAGCAGCCUACUAAGACUGGGCCAUGGGUUUAUUACGACGACCAGGAAGGUUUCGUUGCGAUAUCUGAUUCGAGUGAUGAUAAUCAGGAUGAUGAUGAUGAUGAUGAUGAUGAUGAGUGGCAGACUAGUAGGAGGAAGAGGAGAUCAAAAAGAAGAGCCUCGGCUGCGGCCGCGAGGGCCAUUAGAACUUCGAAAAAAGUGCAGCAUGAGAGAGUAAAGAAGGCGAGUGGUGGUGGGGAGGUUUCGAAUAAUGUGAGUGUCACAGCGGAUGGUGGUAGUGGAGGUAGUGGAGGUGGAGGUGGUGGUGGUGGUGUUGGUGGUGGUGGUGGUGGCGGGGGCGGCGGUGGGUUGAAGGGGGAGUCGAGUAAAGGGAAGAAGACAGCCGUAGUGGGUAGUGGUACGAGGAGGAGGGCGGGGGCCACAGAGUUGGGAAAGUUGGAUUUGAAUGUGGAGUUUAGUAAUGAGGUGGAGGAGCCGGCUGCAGCCGGGGUUAGUGAAGGGAAUGGGGCAGGGCAUGGAGUGGAGGAUAACAUUGAAGGGAUUGGAUUUUUCGAGGGUCUCGAUGAGUUUUUGAGUAGCUUGCCUAUUCUUAAAGGUUAAGGCGUACUAGGUACUCGGUGAAGUAAGACUCGAUCCUUUCCUUGUUGUGGUUGUUAAUGUUAAUGUUGCUGCUGUUGUAGCUUCUUGUUGUUGUUGUGCUUUAUUAUGCUAUGUAAAAGUAUAUUAUGUAGAUGUUCUCUGCAUUUUGUUCAA